AUUAUAAAAUACUUAACCUUAGUUUCUAUAUAUUUAUUUUCAUAGCUAAUAUAUUAUUUAUAUAAUAUAAUUAAUUUAUAUAUUAUUCUGCUGAUCACCGGCGGUCGAUCCGAUGAUCUGAUGACUCAGAAGUUCAUCUGGUUUAGUGUCUGGGUCGGAUUUAAAAACAUUGAAGCAAUCUAAUCAUGUAUCAGAAAUGAUGGUCAUAACUGGUUAUUCCAAUUGUGAUUUGUUUAUUAACGUGUAUAAACCAAACCGGGUAAAAUGACUUAUUUAGAAAAAAUGUUAGGUUCGAUAUAGGCAUAUUUUUAAACACAGAUAUGCAUCGUAUGUGAAUCAUUAAUGAUGCAAAUAUAUGUUUGUUAACUGAAUCUUAUUUGUAGGAGUAGGUAGUUAUUAUUGUAUCAAAUAGAGUGAUUUAGUAAGGCAUAAAUGUUAUUAAAGAAUAGAUGAAUUUGGACUUUCUAGGAAGGGUUCAUUUUUAAAAAAAUCACACAUGAAUUAAGAUUGUGACUUCUGUUUUAAUAUAUAAGAUUACAUGUUGUAAAACAAAAAUAAAUUUUUUUAAAAAAAUUAAUGAAUGCAAGACAAGUUGAUUUUUUUACACUAAACUUUAGCAAAAAAUUGAGCACUUAGGUAUAUAUGGUUUUAGCAAAUAACUAAUAGAAGUGUGAAACUUGAAAAUUAUAUUUUACUGUUCGAAACUUCAAAACAAAGAGAAUAAUUACUUAAAACCAAAAACAGAGAGGUCUAUUUAUAUAUAUGCUUCUCUUCCCCAUUCAAGACACCAUUCUAAAAAUAAGUGAGAAUUGUGCGAAUUAGAGAUUAUCCCUCAAUACUUCGAUUGAAAUAAUUCCUUUUCACUUACAAUCAUUGUAGCUCUUCUUCUCGAUCAUAAGGUGAACAACUGAGGCGAUAUCGGAUUGUGGACUGAGAUAACUUAUGGGGAGGGCGACGUGGUUCGAAGCUGAUGGGACGAAGAGAGGAGAAUGGACGGAGGAGGAAGACCGCAAACUCGUCGCUUAUAUCGACGUAUACGGCAUCGGUGACUGGCGUUUUCUCCCUCACAAAGCUGGUUUGCAGAGAUGUGGAAAGAGCUGCAGAUUAAGGUGGCUUAACUAUCUAAGGCCUGGCGUCAAGAAAGGCAAAUUCACUACUCAAGAAGAACAAGUCAUCAUCAAUUUUCAUUCUAUUCUCGGGAACAGGUGGGCAACCAUAGCGCAGCAAAUGCCGGGUCGAUCAGACAACGACAUCAAGAACCAUUGGAACUCUUGCCUUAAGAAAAGACUCGAGAGAAACGGAAUCGACCCAAUGACCCACCAGCCAAUCAUCAACCUCGACGUCAAAACACAGUCGUUUAACACAGAUUGCGGUAGCUCUUCCUGCUCGACGGCGAGUCCAUCUUCUUCUUCCUUCUCCUCCAGCUCGGCCCGUCUCCUUAACAGGAUCGCCACUGGUAUCUCAUGUAGACAACACGGUGUCGACAGGAUCAAGAACAUCUUGUCGGAUCUGACAAUCACAAGCAUUAAUGGUGAAGAAGAAGGGUUCGAGCAGCUGAAGAUAGAUCAUGGGAAGAUGUUAGCUAAUGAUGAUCAAGAAGAUGAUUUUCUGAUGUGGGACGAAGAAAAAACGAGACAUUUCAUGGAGGAGAUUGGUGCAAUGGAUUUCCACACGAAUGGGGGCUAUAAACCUAGUUCAUCAGCACAGUAUGGUGUUUAUGAGACUGGCCUACUUGAUGAUCAUCUUAUUUGAUGAAUCGAUGGUUACUGUGUGAAAUUAAUAAUAAUAUUCUCUCUGGAUCCAAAAAAAAAAUAGAUAAAAAGGAAUAUUAUUCAUAAAUAUUGUACCGACCAAGAGAAUAAUUUCCAAAAAGUCACGUCUCUAUAUUAUAUAUAGAACAUGGGUGCAGUGAAACAAAACAUGAAACUUCAUGAGUUUGUCAUGUUCCACUAAUAGUGCAAUGAAUGAUAUGGAUGAUCGUGAAUAAAAUCUUAUGUAGUCUCUUUUAUUUUACACUUCGUUAUGAGUUAUCAUGUAUCUUCUCCCUGGAUCAGUUGUGAAAAAGUAGGAACAAAUAGCAACCGCUAUUUUUAAUAUAUAAUAGUAUAUAUGUUGACAAUUUGUUUCUCAUGCUUUAUGUGUUUCAUACGAUGAUACGAAAAUACUUACAAAUAAAAGCAAAAAAAAAAAACAGCAUUGUGACAAUUGCUUCUUCUUUUGUUCUGGUCCACACUACUUUGGAUUUUAAUUUUAUUUUGUAAUUUUAUGUAAUUGGUUUACGAAGUUGAUGUUUUUGUUUCUUUAUUAAUAAAUUAUUUUGAUAUUAUCCUUUUAAAGUAUUGUUUAUUAUCUGUAUCCGUAUAUUUCUUGGUAAUCUUUAUCAGUCUAUCAGAGGUCGAAGGGAAAAAAAAUCAAGAAAUAUCGGCAUCGCCGUGAGUUAUGUUACGUCAUGUAUGUGUUGAAAUGUUAAUAUCUACCGAGUGAAGUCUCAAACGGCAUCCCAAGACCACAUGUAAAACAUCGUGGUUACAUCCACGUGGAAAACGCACCUCGUUAUCAGCUUUCGCAUUUAGUCACGUGAUAGUUAUGCGCUCAGUUGAUAAUAAUGAGUAAUUGAGAUUGAAAGCAUUAUUCGUUUUGGAUUUUGUUAAUUAUUGAUAGAUUGACAGCAGUAUGUCAUGGGAACAAAAACUUGACUAUAAUAUGAACACUAGAUACAAACUGAAUUAGAGUUUUUCUUCUAAACUAAAGUUAUAACACAUAGUUACCAACUAAGAUUACAAAUAUAAAUAUAGUAUAUUCAUAAAAUCUGUAUAUUUGAUUGAUCAGAUCUUUGACUAUGGUUUUUAAUUUACUUUGGGCAAUUUUGUGAGAAUAUAUAUAUAACAUAUCUCUUAGAAUGUUUUUCUUAUAUAUCUCACAUAUGAAAAUAAUUAACAAUAUAUUAUUGAACGAUAUUUUAAAUAAUUAAAAUAUAUAUUAAUAUUUUUAUAAAAUAUAUAUUUGAGUGAGAUAUCAACUAUUUAAGAUAUUUACUCAAUAAUUUCUUUUUGUUGUAUGUGAGAUUUUCAAAUAAGAACCUAUAGAAGAGUUGUUCUAACACGAGUCUAUUAUAAUAUCUAACUAGGUACCUGUGAUUUUAAAGUACAAAAAAUAUUUUUCAACAAAAUCUAAUUUAACAAAAAAUAAAAAUAUUUAUUUUAGUUUAAAAAAAUAAAAUUUUGUAACCCGGUUUGAUAUUUAAUUUUUGGCGAUAAAUGUUUGUUUUUAUUAAAAAUAAUGUUAGAUCUAAAAUAGAAUAAGUUCAUUUGUUAUUUCAUUUUUAGACUAAAAUUAAGUUAAUAUUUUGGUAUAUUUAAUAAUAGUUAUGAAUUUAAUUAUUUAUUAAAACAAUAAAAACUAGGAAAAUUAUAAUUUUUUUGUUAUAGUAAAAAGUUGGAAAUAUCUAAAAAAAUAAAAUAUUUAAUAACAAAGUAAUUUCAUGUGUGAAUUGUGAUGAUGUAUUUUAUUAAAAUUGUCUAAUAUGUAAAUAAUUACUAAUUUUAAUUAAAUAUAUAAGGAUAAUUAAAAUUUGAGUGGUAUAAAUCUUAAGUAACACAUUGAUAUAAAGUAUUUUUAUAUUAUGUUUAUAAUUUAAUAAAAUAGAUUUACAGAUGUGGCUGCUCUUGUUUCCUUUAUCUUCCUUAUGGAUCCCUUUUUGUUGAACUAAGAUUUCACAAAAUUGAAGUGGCUUACAAAAUGAUACAACAUAACUACAAAAAUCCCAAAAGAACAAAACAACAAUAAACAAAAUAAUGACAGAGCCAGUGGUCGAACUAAAAUAAUAUCAGUAAAAAGAAGAUAGAAAUGAACUAAAAACUCAACCAAAACAGCAGAAACGGAAAUUCUGUUGACAUCUUGGCAGUCCUAACGAAAGUCACAAAGGAGUACUGGUAUCAAAGCCUCAAGAACUGUUUGAGAAAUGAUGUUUUUAGAAAGAUAAUGAGAGAUGAUUUCCAUUCUGGUUUUUGCAUCUAACACAAUUAUCUCUAACACGAUAUUAUUUUGCAACGAUGGAUUUGGAGGAAGUUUGGGCAACGAGGCAUACAGAUCUGAAAGAAUCUUUGCCAAAAUGUGAAGAAAAGGAGAGACAACCAACAUAGAUUAAGAGAAAUUAAGAACGUGUUUCAAAAAAAAAAAGACGAGAAAAAAGAAAUAAAUUCUAGAGCUAAUUGGGUCAAAAACCAAUUAAUGAGCAUGGGUUUAAAAACAUAUUUACAUAAAGAAAAA